AUGGCGACAGUAGAUCCAGAGAUCGUGCCAUUCCCCGAGGCUCCAACCUCAGCGAGUCCUAGCUCGUCAGCCGACCAGAUUCCGCUCGAUCGGCCUCGUAAGGUGAAAGGACGACACAAGUUACUGCAGAGUCUCCAACGAAUUUCCUCCACUCCGUCAUUAACCCGGCGCCACCGCUCUCGAUCUGCCUCCACCACUUAUCACCGACCUGGUGCUUCUCUAUCAUGUGUCUCACUCUCCCAGUCACCGUAUGCCCCCUGUUCGAGUAAUGGGAGCUCGUCGCAGCUGUAUGGUGGGUUGAACGUUCAUCCUGCCACUCCAGCUCCCCCGGGGUCUUAUAUUGCAGAUGAGCACGAAGGAAAUGCGCGGGUCCGUUUUGUCUCAGAUGCGGCAAAUGGUCCACAAUCAAAGACAAUUGCGCUACCUAAUGAAGUGAGACCAGGAUCGAGAGGAUCACCACUUGCAUCUGGUGUGCUCGAAAAUUCCACCCCCGUCGCGAAGCCGAAGACGUUCGAUUUCUGGGGGAAGAUGCCCAUCGAGCUCGGUAUGCUCAUCUUUAGCUACCUCACCCCGAAAGAGAUCAUCAGAUGCUCCGGAGUGUGCAAAUGGUGGAACACAAUGUGCUUUGACGGGCAGCUGUGGUCUACCGUCGACACUGCAGAGUACUAUAAGCAAAUUACUCCUGAUGCGCUCAUGAAGCUACUUACUGCGGGUGGUCCAUUUGUAAAGGACUUGAAUCUCCGAGGAUGUGUCCAGCUAUCACACAAGUUACAGACUGAAAGUGAGAGAAUCACAGAUUUGUGUCGGAAUGUCGUGAACUUUUCUCUCGAAGGAAGUCGCAUGGAUAAGACUGCGAUCCAUUGUUUUCUUCUCCGAAACCAACGACUGCAGUACCUCAACUUGUCGGGGUUGGAAAGUGUGACUAACGCUGCAAUGAAGAUCAUCGCAAAGUCAUGCCAAAAGCUUCGUACCUUGAAUGUCUCCUGGUGUGCAAAUGUGAACACCAAUGGCUUGAAAAAGGUUGUCAAAGCUUGCCCGAUACUGACGGAUAUUCUGGCCAGCGAAAUCCAUGGUUUUGAUGACGAGGAGCUUUCCCUGGAGUUGUUCAAACGGAAUACUUUAGAGCGCCUAGUUAUCAGCCGGACAAAUAUCACCGACGAAAGCCUAGGAAUCCUCGUGCACGGCGUCAACCCGGAUAUGGACAUUUUAGAAGGCCGAGCGAUUGUCCCGCCUCGGAAACUCAAGCACCUAGAUCUUCACCAAUGCUCGAACCUGACUGAUAACGGAGUGAGGAGACUCGCGCACAAUGUUCCUUCUCUAAUAGGGCUCAAUCUCUCAAGGUGCCCGGAAUUGACCGACGAUUCCAUUAUUCCCAUCGUUCAGACAGUGCCAAAUCUCACCCACCUUGAGCUAGAAGAACUGGGGAGUCUCAGCAACACGACUCUUAUCGAGCUUGCGAAUUCCCCAUGUGCUCCUUUCCUUGAACACCUGAACGUCAGUUACUGCGAGUCUCUGAGUGACCCAGGAAUGCUGCAGGUGAUGAAGAACUGCUCGUCCCUCCAAUUCGUCGAGAUGGACAAUACCCGCAUCUCAGACUUGACUUUGCUAGAAGCCAGCUUGCGGGUCCGGAGGCGCGGGUACAGUGAGAACCUACCUCAGGUAGGCCUGCGCCUGGUUAUCUUCGACUGUCCGAACGUGACCUGGGUUGGUGUACGACAUAUCCUAUCGAGCAACGCCCACCUGCCCCGUCAGUACAAAGUACCCGAUGCGGUCUCCAUCGUCACCCAGGCCCUAAACAACACGAGCGCGGCAUCCGGAUCAUCGUCGCCCAUAAUAGCAUCCUCAAUCACACCCCCGCCACCACCCACGAUCUACCCAAACCACAUCAUCCAGCUUAAGUGCUUCUAUCUCUGGCAGAUGACUGUGGAGGAGCACACCAAGCGUGUCCUACGCGGUGACCUCGGGGCCGCCAACCGGCUCGACAAGAAGUGGUUCGACUACAUGGUCGCUAACGAAGAAGCGGGUAUUGCUGGUGCGGGUGCAAGAAGACGACGUCGUCGGGCAGCGGAAGCGGAACGCAUUUACAACGAAGAUGACGAGUAUGAACCGUAUGGUCUUGGAUCCAUGUUUGGAAGAAGACGAGCGCGGAGUGGCGGAAGCUGUACCGUGAUGUAA